AUGAAUGCGUUAUUUGUCGGUUCAAUGAACUCUACUACUACUGAUGAAACAUUGAGAAAUUAUGCGUUACAAUUCGGGGACAUAACAGAUUGCCUAGUUAUGAAAGAUCGAGAUAAUAAAAGUCGCGGCUUUGGCUUUGUUACAUACUCAGAUAUUGCAAUGGUUGAUGAUUUUAUGGCAAAACGGCCUCAUUCAAUCGAUGGUCGCCAAAUUGAUCCAAAACGAGCAAUGCCAAGAGAAGAACAAAACAAUUCAGAUGUACAUUUAACUGUUAAAAAGCUGUUUGUUGCUGGUUUAAGAGAUGGAAUUACAGAAGAUAUAUUGAGACAAUAUUUCGGCCGUUAUGGAACAAUAGUAGAAACAAUUGUAAUGAAAGACAAAGAUGGUAAACCACGUGGUUUUGGUUUCGUGACCUUUGAUGAUUACGAUCCUGUUGAUCGAGUAAUCUUGGAACGUCCUCAUUCAAUUAUGGGCCGUCAACUUGAUGUACGCAAAGCCGUGCCAAAACAAAAGACGAAUGAAGAUGGUAGCAAUGGUGCAGGUAAUGGUCCAGUUGGAAAUAAUAUGAAUAACAAUCCGCGAACGAUGGGAGGCGGUGGUGGUGGUGGUGGUGGUAAUAACAACAAUAAUAACAAUACGAAUAGUAGCAACAGUAAUUAUGGAAUGCCAAACAACAGACAAGGAGGACCUAAUUCAUCAAAUUAUGGUAUGAAUCCACUAGGAGGUAUGAACUCAUUGCAAGGCGGUAGCAGCGGAAUGUAUCAACAACCGAAUUCUCAGUCAAUGAAUAUGCCACCGACUUCAUAUAAUACAGCAUCGAUGGGUUAUGACAGCUACAGUACAAAUAACCAACAACAACAGCCACCUUUACCAAAUAAUUCGUUAAGUAGUUAUCCGAUGCCAAAUAUGGCUAGUUUACAAGGAUUUAACCAGCCAACGUUGGAUCCGAGAGCGCAGCAAAAUAGUUACAGUACAAAUAUGGGAAAUACAAAUCCAUUUGGUACAAUGCCGAAUCAAAAUAAUUCUUUUGGGCAAAAUCCGGGUAUAUCAGGUUUCAAUCCGAUGAAUAUGGGCCAGCCACCAAGUGGUGGGUACGAUUCAAUGAAUAAUACACCGUUUGGAAACAGUUCAUUUGGACAAAGUUAUGGAGGAGCGAGUAAUAAUAAUAAUAAUAACAAUAAUAAUAAUUACAAUAAACCAACGGGAGGUGGUGGUGGUGGACCGAUGCGUUCUAGUAUGGGGCGAGGUGGAGGUCGAGGGGGCGGUUCAACUUUUCCUUAUGACCGUCCAAACAAUAAUCGUGGAGGUCAAAGGGGCGGAAGAGGCGGCGGUGGUCGUUAA